UGUUUCCAUCGCUGUUGCUGAGGCCGACAGCGCGCGCGCGUUCUUUUGUUUUCGCCGGCCCGAUUGAAGAAACGAGUCGCAUGAAGAUGACAACGGACUGAUUCUAAAAGAAGAAAAACGACUGGCAAAUUUCAGAAACAAACAUCGGCGUCGGAACGAUGCACUAUUGAGAACUUCCAAAGGGGACGCCGAGACUCACUCAAAGUAAAGAAAACGCCACCAGAAUCCCCAACUUCAUAGGUCGAGAUAGCAGUAGUCACUAAAUGGGAUUUGGCCAGCAUGAACAAAAUUCAUUCUACCGUCCUGACUUCGGUGUUGAGCGUUUUGCUGAUCCAAGCUGCCGAUCCUCCUUACGAGAAAUUCCCUGCUUCAUUGAUUCAGCUCUUGCCAACUUCUGAGCAAGUUAGACCGAAUAUAACUACGGAUAAAGGUAAAAACAAAACCAUCACCAAACGGUUGUACGAAGAAUCGUCUCCGCAGCCGAACGAUUACGAUAAACUCCUCGAGCACAACUUUGCCAGGUCGCUGCUCAAUCUUUACCAAAAGGAAAUACAUGACGAUACAGCGUAUGAGUCAGGUCAGAUCCCUUACAGGAUAUCCAAGGAGGAUUACGUGGACAGUUUUAAAAUUUUGAGCAAGGACGAGCUAGAUCUGUUGAUCGAAGGUGGUGACAAAUACCAAGAAGGUAGUUUCGAAGGAUACAGCUACGAUCCCCCGCCUGGGAGUGACGGUGCCACUAGUUUCGUAUCCCUAGGUGGUGAAGGGACCUACGGACCUCCCUCGUAUGGUGACAGUUAUGGCGAUUCGCCCCCUUUGCCUUCGAAUGGAGGCGCUGAAGGUUACAGAGAACGACCUCCACCGCUCAUCAACUCGGCGUAUUCACCACCCAACGAUGGAAAUGGGCCUGCCUUGAGUGUUGACGGUAAUGGUUAUCCGGAGACUUUCGGUGGAACUAUAGCCAGUGGUGAGAUCUUGGUGGGUGGUUCCGAGUUUCUGGACAACGAACAUUUGAAUGGAGGCCACCAGCCAAUAGGCAAUGGUAAUUUUCAAGAAGAAAAAAGAAUAAAUGGUGGAUAUCAAGAAAUACCUCAACGUUCAAACGGAGAAUAUCAGCCAGAUAACAAACAAACAGGUGGUGCCGGAAUUAACGGUAACUCGGCGUCCAAGGAUCAGUACUCCCAGCAGGAAGAGCAAAAACGUUCGAAGGAGAACUCUGCUCAUCCCAACGUACAGUCUGGAUUAGCGACCAACGAUGCAGAUAGUUUGAAAGGUUAUAAAAUAUAUCCGGUCGAAACUGCGCAAAUUAUAGAAGCUGAUGGUGCCCAAUCGUCUCCAAAGGGCUCUUCUCCCGCUAACGGAAAAAUCUCUCCACAAAAUGAAAAUCGUUACGAAGGUAUUGAGACGCCUCCUGGUAUCGACAGCAUACCACUGGAGGCUGAGGACGAAUUCCAGGGCACCACGGAUUCCUACGGAAAGGCGAGAGGUGCGAGAGAUCACCGCACCAAGACUGCACUGGUGAAACGUACUGACAUUUCCAAUAGGAGAGACGAUGUUUCGGUUGAGGAUUCCGCCAAAGAACAUAUAGGGGAAAUACUCCCAGCAAAUUAUAAACCGCAAGUGUCCAACGCCCUGGUUCUGGGGAGAUACCCAGACCGAAGAAUGAGGAAGUCGUACCAGUACGACGAGAGUUUCAAGCCAUUGUCUCCUCCAGCACCGAUAGUGCGCAAGCCGAUCACUUUUCCUGGCGAAGGUUUCGACGGAACCAAAGCCAGACACGAGUUGAACGCCUAUCGGUACCCCAGAAGGUUGAGGGGUCCUUAUGAUAGCUUCCAACCGUACUACGAUCCUUCCGCGAGGUACCAGACUUUUCCCGGGUCGUCUAGGCGACCGAGGGUCAUAUUUCCUAGCGAUCUAGUGCAGUUCAGGGAACCUGCCACCAGCGGGAACCAUCAGGAGGAGGUAGAUUGGUUGGCGGGUGAUAACAGUCUGCAAGACUUGCAAGAGCAAGAUACCAGGGAUAGAGGUGACGUAAAAUUAUGCCCCCAAGGGGCUACUUGCGAAUUCUUCCUCACGUGUUGGUUCUCUGGCGGGCUCGUCGACACCCCCUGCGACGGCAUCUUGAGGGGCUGCUGCUUCAGGGGAGUGGCGAAGACUAGUUUGUUGAACACCGCCCAGGCUAUAGGGACGAUUGACGCUCCCCCCGAGUCCCCAAAAAGUAGACAAGUCGGAUCGUUCGAGAAUAUUCGUUGCGGCAUACCAAACAGGCAGCAGGCACAGAGGCGUAUCGUAGGAGGAGAAGAGGCUGGGUUUGGAACCUUUCCUUGGCAAGCUUAUAUCCGAAUUGGUUCUUCAAGAUGCGGCGGUUCUUUAAUCAGCAGGAGACACGUGGUCACGGCGGGCCACUGCGUCGCACGUGCCACCCCCAGGCAGGUACACGUGACAUUGGGUGACUACGUCAUCAAUUCGGCAGUGGAACCAUUGCCAGCGUACACCUUCGGAGUGUCCAAUAUUCAGGUGCACCCCUUCUUUAAGUUCACACCCCAAGCGGAUCGCUUUGACGUCGCCGUCCUCAGAUUGGACCGGGCCGCUCACAAUCUUCCCCACGUUAUUCCCAUAUGCCUGCCCGCGAAGGGGGAAAGUUUUCUCGGGGAUGUGGGUCACGCCGCCGGGUGGGGUGCCCUUAGUCCGGGCUCCAGACUCCGGCCACAAACUUUGCAGACGGUUCAGGUGCCGGUGAUUGAUAACAGGCAAUGCGAAAGAUGGCACAGAUCCAAAGGUAUCCAGGUGACUAUCUACGACGAGAUGAUGUGCGCGGGGUACAAGACAGGCGGAAGGGACAGUUGCCAAGGCGAUUCCGGGGGCCCCCUAAUGCUUCAGAAAGCGGGCAGGUGGUUCCUGAUAGGGAUAGUGUCGGCUGGAUAUUCUUGCGCCCAGCCAGGCCAGCCGGGAAUCUAUCACCGCGUCGCGCAUACCGUCGAUUGGAUAACGAGAGCUGUGGCGGCGAGAUGAGAGACCCACGCGGACGGCCGAAACGUCGCGACACGCACAAUUUUAUUCAGCGCGAUCGUACGAAUAGUCCGGGACGGGAGAGGGGGUAACUGUGUGGACGUUCUUGAACGCGCGCUAGAUGCUAUAUAAUAUAUAGUUUCAUACAGAAGACUUGCGGAUAAUUAAUUUAAAAAGCUAUAGGAGGGAACGAAAAGAGUGGGGCGGCUAGUAUAGUGACUACCGGCCAAGUAUUUAACGACUAACCGUUUUAAAAAUUAAAAAAAAACUGUAUAUUUUGUACAUUUUCGUAGUCGUAGAUAUUUAAAAGCUUAAUUAAAUACGAUAUAUUUGUAAGCACGUUUUUACC